AUGGAAUCAGCUCCUCUGAUUGUGGAUAAUGGCUCCUACGAGAUCAAGUUUGGUACUUCCCUGGAUAACUCGCCCUAUAGGGCUCUGAAUGCGCUUGCAAGAGACAGGUUUGGAGCUACCUACCUCUCGAACCAGAUCAAGAGUAUCAAGGACAUCCUAUCUGUGAGUUUCAAGAGACCACACGAGUUCGGGCAGUUGACAUCAUGGGAACUGCAGAGCUGCAUCUGGGAUUACUGCUUCUUCAAUCCCGACGAGUUCAAUGGAUUCGACAUCAAGGACAGUAGAGGGCAGCAUCUCGUGGCAAGUGAAACGUGUAUGACCAUCCCAGAGCUUAGCAAAAACAUGGACCAAGUAGUUUUUGAAGAGUACGAAUUUGCGAGUCUCUUCAAAUCGCCAAUCGCUGGCUUCAUGCCCUUUAGCAGUCAAGCGGAAACAGGCAGGAUUGUAUACGGCAAGGGUGACAGCAUUGCGCCCCAGGACGUUGCAGCGAAGGAGGGCUACGAGCCCUUCCAGAUGGUCAUAGACUCUGGCUUCAACUGCACCUGGGUGGUACCGAUAAUCAAGGGUGUGCCCUUCUACAGGGCGGUAAAGAAACUGGACAUCGGCGGCAGGUUUAUAAACGGCCUGCUGAAGGAGGCCAUCUCGUUCAGACACUACGACGUCAUGGACGAGACCAUCCUGGUCGAAAACAUCAAGCAAAAGUGUCUAUUCAUGAGUCCCAUCUCGUAUUUCGACAGCUUCUCCAGGAGGGAUCAAACCGCCGUUGAGUACGUCCUUCCAGACUUGCAGACCAAUCUGCAGGGCUACGUGGCAGACCGCAAGAACCCUCCCCCAAAGGACGCCCAAACCAUCAAACUACGCGACGAACUAUUCUCGGUCCCAGAGACUUUCUUCCACCCGGAGAUCGCCCAACUGCUAAAGCCCGGCAUUAUCGAAACCGUACUAGAAAGCUUAUCGCUGGUCCCAGAGCCUCUCAGACCGCUGAUGCUAAGCAACAUAGUCUGCACCGGUGGGAAUUUCAACCUACCUCACUUCCCCGAGCGACUGGCAACAGAGCUACAACGGCAACUCCCUACAGACUGGCCAUCGCAAGUGUACAUUCCAACUCCCGCCAGCGAGCUCUCGGGGUGGCAAGCCAUGAGAGCAUUCGCCCACACAGAUUCCUACACACGGGCCAGGGUCACCCGAGAAGAGUACUACGAACAUGGCGUCGAAUGGACCACCAAGAACAGGUUCGGAUACCAGAACUGGAUAUGA